CCGCCGCCCUGCUUGUCCCCGGUGUGGGGAGAACUCGGGCUGAGGACCCGGCCAGAGAGACGGCGGGGACCGCCCUCCUGCUGCGUCUCCGAGGGCGAGGCCCUUCCUUCCGCGUCCGACCCCCGUGGGGCCGUCAAGUUCCAAGCAGCCCAGGCUGCGGGUCCCCAGGGCGCUUCGGGCCAAGCCGGCGCGGCGCGUGACGAGCAGAGGGCGCCCCAGAGGACCUCUGGGGUGGGACCUCAAGCUCCAUGGGCCUUUGAAAAUAACGCGGCGGGACAGACCGGGACCACAGAGCAACAUAGCAGACCCGCGAAGGCCGCGCCCCUCAAUCUCGGCAAUUCUGUUGGUCGGUGGCCCAGCUCCACCAAUCAGCGAGUGGGCUCCUAGGCAGGCCCUGAGUGACAGCUCUGCGGGCUGGGUCAGGAUGUGCGCGUGCGCAGACCGGCCCGACUGACCGCCUUGGGGGCGCGACUCCUGUGGCGCAUGCUCAGCGCGCUGCCCAGCCGGGGACCGGAGAAUCUGCAGCGCCCGUCGCUCGGCCCUGCAUCCCGCCUGGGCAUCCCGCACCCGGCCAUGACUGCGCACUCCUUCGCCCUCCCGGUCAUCAUCUUCACCACGUUCUGGGGACUCAUCGGCAUCGCUGGGCCCUGGUUCGUGCCGAAGGGACCCAACCGCGGAGUGAUCAUCACCAUGCUGGUCGCCACCGCCGUCUGCUGUUACCUCUUCUGGCUCAUUGCCAUCCUGGCGCAGCUGAACCCCCUGUUCGGGCCCCAGCUGAAGAAUGAGACCAUCUGGUAUGUCCGCUUCUUGUGGGAGUGACCUGCCACCCCCACCCAGGUGCAAGCUCUUGGGAUGACCAUGGCUCCGCUGUCCCUGACUGCCCCUUCGUCUGGACCCUCCCCCGCACCGCUGUGUCUGGUCUUCAGCUCCCUCCUGCUGGCACCCGGCCUGCAGGGCCUGCCUGGUUCGUGGAAGUCUUCCCCGUCUUCCCAGCCAGCCCGGGCCCUGGGGAGCCCUGAGCACAGCAGCGGCUGAGGGGAUGUCCUGCUCCAAUACCCGCACUGCUCUGGCGUUUGCCCUCUCUCCCGAGGAGAUGCUGCUGGGGAGCUGGUAGGGGUGGGGUCUUUCCCUUUACAGAUGGGGCAGAUGCCAGGACUCAGCCCAGCCUGAGGAGAACAUAUGUCCUCUUGGAGAGGGUGCUCCAGCCCAGGUCAGGGAGUCAUUGCCCAGUCAGCAGCUCUGCCACCAGCCUGCUGGGAACUGGGGGCCUCUACUGGGUUAUAGGCAAUGCCUUUUCUCUGGCAUGGAAUUAUUUGUUGAUUUUCUGACACAUCUAGUUGUGAAAUUUCUGCAAAUGUUGAAGUAGAGAAACAUUCGCACACAAAAGCAACAUAGUCAUGUGGGUCCAGAUGGCCUCAGCCCUAGAUGUGGCGUCCUUUGCUGCCUCUCCUCAGAAUAUCCUGUUCCGCCUCCUCCCACCUGGGCCUCCCCUCGGUAGAGCUCUCCCCUCCCCCACCCCAGCCUGUCAGUCUGUGCAGGUUUGGGCUCCGCCUCGGGUUGCAGCGGGGGUAGACUUCAGAGCCUCUCAUGGCAGCAUCUAAGUGACCAGAGCUGGGAUGAGAGACGGGGAAGGGGCAGUGUGAGCAGCUCUGCAGGGCUGCCGAGCCUUGCUCCUGAGCCAGCCCCACCCUCUGCCCCCCACCCCCGGCCCUGGGCUCUGUGCCAGGGAUGGUAAAGAAUUCCGGCCUGGCAGGAAUGGGAAGCAGCACGCAGGGGUCCGGGGCCUCUCCAGCCUUGCCCUCAUGCUUACCUGAGGUCCUGGUGUGGUUAACACGGAGUUCACCCACCUUGCCUGGCUCCCAGCCGGGAGCCUGUCCUCACUGCCGCUCCAGGGGAAGAAACACCAGCCUCACUUCUGUAUGGACUGCUGAUGAGGCCUGCCACCCUGUUUAGCGGGCAUUGUCUUUGGAGCAGGAAGAGAAUAGGAUGCGUUUCACUCAUAUGCUGGGUCCAGGCUGGCCAGCUGCUCAGGGCUCAGGCUAGGGCCUCCCAUUGACAUCCUCCCCCAAAACUCCCUCUCCCGGCCUCCGUAGCCACUCCUGUGGGGUGACGGUGCUGAGUGUGACUUGUGCUGAUAAACCUGGUUCAUGUCUAAUAAAUAAGGGUGAUGAAAAGAUUACUGUUUGG